GUUCCGUGCUGCGCGGGGCCGGGAUCGAGGCUGCCGGAGGAGCGCAGGGGAGACCCUCGGGCGCGCGCAUGCCAUGGAGCUUGGCUUCCUGUGACUUUGCCGCUGCAGGUGCUGCUUGGCAUAUGGAGAUGGCAACGGGCGAGCCCGGCUCACCGACGCGGGAAGGGAUGGCGCUGCCCCAGGAGCAGGCUGGGCUCUGCCCCACGGAUACAGGGGGGGACGAGCUCAGCACUGGCCCGGAGGAGCAGGAGGAGCUGCUUGCCCCACAGAGCAACGGGCCCAUGAGAGCGGCUGAUGGCCAGGGGGAUGCCCAGGAGGAGCUGAGCGACAAGGAGCUCUCGGACUCGGCCUCUACCGACAAUGCCUUGGAGGACUCGAGCGAGUUCGGGCGGCCCCUGGGGGUGGGGGCCUGCGAUCCGGGGGGCCCCCCGGCCCCUUCCACGCACCGCGACGAGGACGUGACGGCCGCCAGCUGGCGGGCCCGCCGGAAGCACAUCUUCGUGCUGAGUGAGGCCGGCAAGCCCAUCUACUCUCGCUACGGCAACGAGGAGGCCUUGUCCUCCACCAUGGGCGUCAUGAUGGCGCUGGUGUCCUUCAUCCAGAGCGGCGACAACGCCAUCCGCUCCAUCUACUCAGACGACCGGAAGCUGGUGUUCGUGCAGCAGGGCCCGCUGGUGCUGGUGUCGGUGUCGCGGACGCUGCAGUCGGAGCAGCAGCUGCGCCAGGAGCUGCUCUACGUCUAUUACCAGAUCCUCAGCAUGCUGACCCAGGUGAGCAUCACCCGCAUCUUCGAGCGCAAGAAGAACUACGACCUGCGGCGCCUGCUGGCUGGCUCCGAGAAGAUCCUCGACCGCCUGCUCAACCUGGUGGAGUCGGAUCCCGGCUUCCUGCUGGGGGCCGUGCGCUGCCUCCCCCUUCCAGCCUCCCUGCGGGACGCCCUGGGCACCCUGCUGCAGAAGGCCAUCACCCCCAACCUGGUCUUCUCCAUCCUGGUGGCCCGCAGCCAGCUGGUCACGGCGGUGCAGGAGCGGGCGGUGAUCGAGGAGUGCCGGCUGGAGCCCACCGACCUCCACCUGCUGCUCAACCUGAUCGGGGCCAGCUCGGCCUUCCAGGCCGGGGAGAUCUGGACACCCAUCUGCCUGCCCCGCUUCAACCCCGACGGGUACUUUUACGCCUACAUCUCCUACCUGGACGCGGAGUGCACCGUGUGCCUGGUGCUGCUCUCCACCGACAAGGAGUCCUUCUACGCCGUCUCGGACUGCAAGAAGCGGGUGGAGGAGGCCAUGCGGACUCAGGGCUCGCUGCAGGUGCUCUCGGGCGGCCCGCAGAGCCCCUCCUACGGCGUGGGGCAGGUCGGGGUGCCCGACUUGCGGCACUUCCUCUACAAGCCGCUGGAUAUCCCGGAGAACUACCGCCAGCUGCCCCAGUUCACCAGCCCAGAGCUGGAGGGGCCGUAUUGCAGCGAGGAGGAGCAGCACCGGCUCUUUGACCUCUACCAUUACCUGCACAGCCGCAUUCACAGCACCUCUCGCCCCCUGCGCCUCAUCUACCACGUGGCCGAGAAGGAGACGCUACUCGCCUGGGUCACCAGUAAGUUCGAGCUAUACACCUGCUUCAGCCCCCUGGUAACCAAGGCCGGCGCCAUCAAUGUCCUCACCAAGUUGUUGCGCUGGAUCAAGAAGGAGGAGGACCGGCUCUUCAUUCGCUACCCCCCAAAGUACUCUACUACGCCCAACCCUGGGAAGGGCGCCAAGGGGGGCCGGCCCGAUGGCGCGGAGAAUGGAUUUUUUGCUGGCCUCUAAGCCUGAGCCUGCUUCACCCGAGGCCCCUGUAUUUCACUGGUGAUUGGAUAACUUGGGGGGGAAAUCCCUUCUCCUCUUUGAAGGGGAGAUCGGGGACCCCCCCCCCGAGAAACCACACUCUCUAGGAGCUGGCUCAGGCUUGGCCGGCUCCUUCUGGGGUGGUGGCGACACGUGGUUAUCUGCCUGUCUUAUUUAUUGGCCUACUCGUAUCUCCGAGCCUCUGUUGAGGAAGCUGGAGUGGGGGUUAUUGCUUCACUUUGGGCCUUGUGCUCCAGGCUGAUGUGGGGCGCGGAGGGGAGUGGCGAGUUUACACUCUGGCUCGCGUAGGCCUGUACCGAAGGACUCCACCUGCAUGGUGGAGCUGGGGUUGGGUGCGGCUUGUUCCAUCUCCUUGACGGAAGCUGUUCGCGGUUCCUUCCCCGGAGCCUCUGCUUUCCGCCUCCUGGUGUGGAUCGGCUGCAGGCCCCUAUGAAGUGGGCUGUGAUUGUGUUUCUCUUUCCUUUGGAUGAAUUGUGGCGAAUUGCGCCCUGGGCAUCGGAGCCGGACCUGCUUUGAAACCAUUUUUCAACAUCCUCUGCUCUUUAAAAACCUGGGCCUGGAAUGAACUUAGAUUUCUCGCAGGCGCCCGGAGGUUGGUGGCUCAUGUUUGCCAAUUGAUUUAACUGGCCGCUGUGUCUUGAGACGUAGCUGUAUGUGCGGCGGGAAGGAGGUUACUCCCUCAUCCCCUGCCAUGCACAUGCUUCUCUCGAUGCUAUAAAUUGCAAGUGGGUGUUGGAGAUGCCGCUGUGUUGUGUUCUCCCUCCCUGGGCUGGUCAUGUUCGUUAGCGCCUGCACCAAUGCACUCUCCCCUGCCUGUAUUAAUUUAAUGUUCCCUUUGGAAAGGCAGAUCCUUUCACAGGAAGUGUUGAAAUGCUCUUUGAAAGCAACGAACUGCCUCCCUCCUUUGCCGGUGACAUCUGUGCUAAGUUAACUGGGCUGCCCCGUCACACUUUUCAGUCUCCUUGUCCAUCCUGGUUGCUAGAAGGAAGGGCUGUUUGCUCUCCUGUGGCCUUAGACCUAUCGAUUUGCAGCGGGAUUGACCCAGAAUCCGCUGGGUCUGUUUCUCACAGGAAGAUCAUCCCAUGCCUCUGGAGAGCCAGCCCCUGCCUGCGUCUCCUUUUAACUUGCGUUUAGCUGCUCCAGUGAGACCUGACGGGGUUGGGGAAGCAGAAACAGUUUUCAUAUGCAUGACGCGCUGUGCCUAGAACCAUCUUGGCUGGCUGUCAAAUGAGGUCUCUUCCUGGCUGGCGUGUUCAACUGAGAAUCAGUCUUAUUAAAAAGUUGUUUUGA